UUUCCCUUUUCUUCCAGAAUCUUCAUCCCCCCUCCCCUCCUUCGCUUAUAUCACGCGACCGACCUUCCUUCCUUCCUUGCUUGCUUGCAAUUCAUUCCCAACAUCGUAAUCCUCACAAUUCCGAAACCUUCUGACCAUGGCCGAAUCAGACCCAAAUCUCCAAGCCCAAACGGUUGAGAUCGAGGAGGAGGAGAAGGAGAGGCUCAAGUAUCUGGAGUUCGUGCAGAUGGCGACGCUUCACGCUCUGAUGUGCUUCUCCAGGCUGUACGGCUACGCCAAGGAGAACGCCGGCCCUCUCAAGCCCGGCGUCGAAACCGUCGAAGGCACCGUGAAGACCGUCGUCGGUCCAGUCUACGAUAAGUUCCACGACGUUCCUAUUGAACUCCUUAAGUUCGUGGAUCGCAAGGUUGAUGUGUCUGUGAACGAGUUGGAGCGAAGGGUGUCACCACUGGUGAAGAAGGUGUCGAUCCAAGCACUCUCAGCUGCGCAGAAGGCCCCGGCCACUGCUCGUGCCGUGGCAUCAGAAGUCCAGCGGACCAAUGUGGUUGACACCGCAUCAGGACUUGCAAAGAAUGUGUACAUUAAGUACGAGCCAGCAGCCAGGGGUCUGUAUACCAAGUAUGAACCUGUAGCCGAGCAGUAUGCUGCAUCGGCCUGGCGCUCCCUCAACCGCCUUCCUCUCUUCCCACGGGUGGCUCAGGCGGUGGUUCCAACGGCUGCUUACUGCUCCGAGAAGUACAAUGAGACUGUUCGCUGCAGUGCCGGGAAGGGCUACAAGGUUGCGUCGUAUCUUCCGUUGGUGCCCACGGAGAGGAUUGCCAAGGUGUUCACUGCUCAUGAGGCCGCCGGGGCGGAGGGAGCUGUCUCGGCUCAUUGAUUGAGAUGUUCAUAUUAUGUUUGGCGAAUGACAAAUAUGCUCUACGUGCGUUUGGUCUGGAUUGUUUGAUACGUUUCAAUUCUUUUAUGUAUGCAAAGGAUUUGAAUUUGGUUGUGACUACUGAGUCACUGACUACUGCUUGGUGAAAAUAUAUGUCAGAAAAUAUUAAAAGUCCUUGGUGUUA